GGCCGGGCCCGCGGCGGCUGCGCGGACAACGUCCCCCUUCCUCCCGUCCCGCCGUGUGUUUACGUGGAGACGAAGAUGGCGGCGGCGGUGACGACGCUACCCGUGCGGCCGAAGACGGUCAGCCAGUGAGCGCCGAGACUAGUUCCACUCGGGCGAGGGGGAGCGCCUGGCCCAGCCCUGCUCCCCGGGCCGCGAAGCUUGCGGUCGCACCCCCGUGCGAACCGACCUUUCCGUUCCCGACCCCCUGCCUGUCUUCCCCCAGCCUUCCCUGCAGAAGCUAUGGAGGACGAAGAGAGACAGAAGAAGCUGGAGGCUGGCAAAGCCAAGCUUGCCGAGUUUCGACAAAGGAAAGCUCAAUCUGAUGGGCAGAAUCCUAAGAAGCAGAAAAAAAAGAGGAAAACUUCAAGUAGUAAACAUGACAUGUCAGCAUACCAUGCUGUGAAUAUUGAGCAAUCACAGAGUGAUGAAAUGUGCACAAAUAGUUCUCAGAGGUUAGGAUCAGCUGUGACUCCUGAAUCCACAAUAAUGAGAACUCUACACAGUGGAGAAAUAGUUAAACAUGACCAGGUCUUCUCUGUUGAACCGGAAAGUGAAAUUUCAACCACGGCAGAUGAUUAUAGUUCAGAGGUAAAUGGUUGCAGUUUUGUGGCAAGAACAGGAAAGCCUACAAAUUUAUUAAGGGAAGAAGAAUUUGGUGUUGAUGAUUCUUAUUCUGAACAUGGAGCACAGUACAAUCAGACCCACCUAGAGAUGAUGGAAAAUGAAUUGGCUGGGAAACAACAUGAGAUUGAAGAGCUAAACAGAGAACUAGAAGAAAUGAGGGCCACCUGUGGGACUGAAGGACUGAAGCAGUUGCAAGAAUUUGAAGCUGCCAUUAAACAGAGAGAUGGCAUUAUAACCCAACUCACUGCUAAUUUACAACAAGCUAGAAGAGAAAAGGAUGAGACAAUGAGAGAAUUUUUAGAGUUGACAGAACAGAGUCAAAAAUUACAGAUUCAAUUCCAGCAUUUACAGGCUAGUGAAACUCUGAGAAACAGCACUCAUAGUAGCACAGCUGCAGAUUUACUACAAGCCAAACAACAGAUCCUCACUCAUCAGCAACAGCUGGAAGAACAAGACCAUCUGUUAGAAGAUUAUCACAAAAAGAAAGAAGACUUCAAAAUGCAAAUUAGUUUCUUGCAAGAGAAAAUUAGAGCAUAUGAAAUGGAACAGGAUAAAAAAAUAGAAAGCUCAAGUAAAGAAAUACAGGAAAAGGAAGCAGUCAUUGAAGAAUUAAAUACAAAAAUAAUAGAAGAAGAAAAAAAAACUCUUGAGCUAAAGGAUAAAGUCACAACUGCUGAUAAAUUACUGGAAGAAUUACAAGAACAGGUUGUACAAAAGAACCAAGAGAUAAAAAAUAUGAAAUUAGAGCUGACUAAUUCCAAGCAAAAGGAAAGACAGUGUUCUGAGGAAAUAAAACAAUUAAUGGGGACAGUUGAAGAACUUCAGAAGAAAAAUCAUAAAGAUAGUCAGUUUGAAACUGAUAUUCUACAAAGAAUGGAACAAGAAACACAAAGAAAGUUAGAACAACUCCGGGCAGAGCUGGAUGAGAUGUAUGGGCAGCAGAUAGUACAGAUGAAACAAGAAUUAAUAAAACAACACAUGUCACAGAUAGAUGAACUUAAAACACAACAUAAGGGAGAAAUGGAGAAUGCUUUAAGAUCAUAUCCAAAUAUUACAGUUAAUGAAGAUCAAAUAAAGUUAAUGAAUAUGGCAAUAAAUGAACUGAAUAUAAAAUUGCAAGAUACUAACUCUCAAAAGGAAAAACUCAAGGAAGAACUAGGAGUAAUUUCAGGAGAAAAGUCUGUUCUACAGAGACAGCUUGAAGACCUUUUUGAAGAAUUGAGCUUUUCAAGGGACCAAAUUCAGAGGGCUAGACAGACUAUAGCUGAACAAGAAAGUAAACUCAAUGAAGCACACAAGUCCCUUAGUACAGUGAAAGAUUUGAAAGCGGAGAUUAUUUCUGCAUCUGAAUCCAGGAAGGAACUAGAAUUAAAACAUGAAGCAGAAGUUACACAUUAUAAGAUAAAGCUUGAAAUGUUAGAAAGAGAAAAAAAUGCUGUAUUAGACAGAAUGGCUGAAUCACAAGAAGCUGAGCUAGAGAGGCUGAGGACACAGCUCCUGUUUAGUCAUGAAGAAGAACUUUCCAAACUGAAGGAAGAUUUGGAAAUUGAACAUCGAAUAAAUAUUGAAAAGCUUAAAGAUAACUUAGGCAUUCACUAUAAACAGCAGAUAGAUGGCUUACAGAAUGAAAUGAGUCAAAAGAUAGAAACCAUGCAGUUUGAAAAAGACAAUUUGAUAACUAAGCAGAACCAGUUAAUUUUGGAAAUUUCAAAGCUGAAAGAUUUACAGCAAUCCCUUGUGAAUUCAAAAUCAGAAGAAAUGACCCUUCAAAUCAAUGAACUUCAAAAAGAAAUUGAAAUACUCAGACAAGAAGAAAAGGAAAAGGGUACACUUGAACAAGAAGUUCAAGAAUUACAACUUAAAACUGAAUUAUUGGAGAAACAAAUGAAGGAAAAAGAGGAUGACCUUCAAGAAAAAUUUGCACAACUUGAAGCAGAGAAUAGCAUUCUUAAAGAUGAAAAGAAGUCCCUUGAAGACAUGUUGGAAAUAUAUACUCCUCUUAACCAAGAAGAAAGAUUAAUUUCCACAGACUCCAUUAAGUCCAGAUCCAAAGACUGUAGCUGGCAAAAAGAAAUAGAAAUUCUUACAGAGGAAAAUGAGAACCUCAAAAAACAAUGUAUUCAGCUAACUGAAGAGAUUGAAAAGCAAAGGAACACUUUUUCAUUUGCUGAAAAAAAUUUUGAAGUUAAUUAUCAAGAGUUACAGGAGGAUUAUGCUUGCCUUCUCAAGGUAAAAACCGAUUUAGAAGACAGUAAAAAUAAACAAGAAGUUGAAUAUAAAAGUAAGCUUAAAGCACUUAGUGAAGAGCUUCAUCAUUUGCAAAGAAUAAACCCAACUCUAGUGAAAAUAAAAAGUUCAGUCUUUGAUGAUGACAAAACUUUUACAGCAGAACCAUUGGAAAUUGGUGAGGUUGUUGAGAAAGAUACAACAGAACUUAUGGAAAAACUUGAGGUAACCAAGCGAGAAAAAUUAGAACUGUCAGAGAGACUGUCUGAUCUUUCUGAACAAUUAAAACAGAAACAUAGCGAGAUUAGUUUUCUAAGGGAAGAAGUUAAAUCUUUAAAGCAAGAAAAAGAGCAAGUCUUAUUGAGGUGUAGAGAGCUAGAAAUCAUAAUUAACCAUAAUAGGACAGAAGAUGUAAAUGUGUGUGCUGUCCAUUUAAGCUCUUUAAAAGAUGGAGUUUUGACAAGCAGGGAUUCUGGAGGGUGUGUUCCUAAAAUAAGUAAAGAUUUUGGUGAAGAAUCAAAAAUAAUGGAGUUAAAUAAAAUUCCUUUUGAAAAUAUGACUCUUGGAAAAGAAAAUAAGCAAGAAUGGUUUUUUGAUCACUUGCCGUCAGUGACAAAUGAAUCAUCACUUGGGACAACUGAACCAGGUGAAAAUGAUAAACUUCAGCAGGAGCUCAGUGUACUUAAAUCAGAACAGAAUGAUUUAAGGCUACAGAUGGAAGCUCAACGUAUUUGCCUCUCUCUGGUUUAUUCAACUCAUGUGGAUCAGGUUCGUGAAUAUAUGAAAAAGGAAAAAGAUAAAGCUCUUUGCAGUCUUAAGCAGGAGCUUAUUUCUGCUCAAGAGGAUAAGAUCAAGGAACUUCAGAAAAUACACCAGCUAGAGCUACAGAAUAUAAAAACACAAGAAACAGGUGAUGAAGUGAAGCCUUUACAGAUGCUCAUUGGAAAACUUCACAGGGCAGUGUCUGAAGAAUGUUCUCAUUUUACACAGACUUUUUGCAGUGUCCUUGGUGAACAUUAUACUUCUGCUUUAAAAUGUGAAGUAAAUGUAGAAGAGAAAGAGAAAGAGACUUCCGGUGUUCACACUUCUGAAAAUCAAGAACUAGAAUUGCAAGAUUAUAAAUAUGAAGUUCAAGAUUUUCAAGAAAAUGUGCAAACUCUUCUCAACAAAGUAACAGAAGAAUACAACAAACUCUUGGUACUUCAGUCACGAUUAAGUAAGAUUCAAGGACAGCAGACAGGUGAUGUGAAACUUGAAUUUGCAGAAGAAAACCUACCAAAAGAGGAAGCAGACUUUUUAUCAACCCAUCCUCAGAUGACAAAUUUUCAAGACACUGAUGUUUGUCAUAAAAGAAAGUUAUCUGCUCUGCAAGAUACCGAAAAAAUUAAACAACUUGAAGGACAAGUUCAAGAAUUAGAAAACCUCGUAUCCUCUUUGCAGCAGCAACUGAAAGAAACGGAAGAAAACUAUGGGGCAGAGAUUCAUUCUUUGCAGGAAAGGCUACAAGCUGUUAAUGAGUUUACAGUUCAGCCAAGCUUUUCCAUUGAUUCAAUGGUAAUUACUGAAUCUGAUGUACAGAAAACAGUAUACCCUGGAAGUUGUCUAAAAUGGAACAUCGAUGGUGCAACAGAGAGCACAGGCUCCGGACACGCAGGCUCAACGGCCAUGGCUCAAGGGCCCAGCCACUCCGCGGCAUGUGGGAUCUUCCCGGACCAGGGCACGAACCCGUGUCCCCUGCAUCGGCAGGCGGACUCUCAACCGCUGCGCCACCAGGGAAGCCCUUUUUCUGGUGAAUUUGGAGUGAAACAGGAAACAAAUAUGGUUAAGUUGCUGGAAAAACAGUACCAAGAACGAUUAGAAGAAGAAGUAGCUAAGGUCAUUGUGUCAAUGAGUAUAGCAUUUGCUCAGCAAACUGAACUAUCUAGAAUAUCUGGGGAAAAAGAAGAUGCUCCAUCUUCAAAACAAGCAUCUGCUCUCUGUCAGGAAGAACAUUAUUUAAAUGAAAUGAAAUUAUCACAAGGUCACUUUGGUUUUCAGACUUUGGAGGCAACAGACAAGAAAUUUAAAGAAGAAUUUAAACCACUUAGUAAAGAGUUAGGAGAAGAUGGAAAGGAAGUUCUGUUAUCAGACAAGGGUAAUCUUGAUGAUAUACUAGAAUCAAAGGACCAUGAACUGACUAUUUCAGAAGAAAUGUUCUCCAAAGAUAAAACAUUUAUGGUCAGAGAAUCUCUCCAUGAUGAGAUUUUGGUAUCAAGUAUGGAUGCUUCUAGACAACUAAUGUUAAAUGAAGAACAGUUAGAAGAUAUGAGGCAGGAACUUGUACGACAAUACCAAGAACAUCAACAGGCAAUGGAACUUUUAAGGCAGGCACACAUGCGGCAGAUGGAGAGACAGCGAGAAGACCAGGAACAGCUGCAAGAAGAGAUCAAGAGGCUGAAUAAACAAUUAGCCCAGAGAUCCUCAAUAGAUAAUGAAAACCUGGUUUCAGAGAGAGAGAGGGUGCUUUUAGAGGAGCUGGAAGCACUAAAGCAGCUGUCUCUAGCUGGAAGAGAGAAGCUGUGUUGUGAGCUGCGCAACAGCAGUACGCAAACACAGAAUGCAAAUGAAAACCAAGGAGAAAUUGAGGAGCAGACCUUUAAAGAAAAGGAAUUGGACAGAAAACCUGAAGAGGUGCCUCCUGAAAUUCUGUCCAGUGAAAGGUAUACACUCCAGAAAGCUAAUAGCAGACUUCUGAAGAUCCUCUUAGAAGUUGUAAAGACAACAGCAGCUGUUGAAGAAACAAUUGGUCGCCAUGUCCUUGGUAUUCUAGAUAGAUCUAGUAAAGGCCAGUCACUGACCAGCCAGAUUUGGAGGUCAGAAGCAGAGACACCAAUAAAGUCGUGUGUCCAUGAGGAACACACAGGAGAUGAAUCUAAACCCUCUUAUUCUGGAAGUGAUAUACCAAGGAGUGACAAUAGCAUGUGGUCCAAAGUAACUGAGGAAGGAACGGAGCUGUCACAGCAGCUCAUGAGGAGUGGCUUUACUGGAAAUGAAAUAGACCCUGAGAAUGAAGAACUUAUGCUGAACAUUAGCUCUCGACUACAAGCGGCAGUUGAAAAACUCCUAGAAGCCAUAAGUGAAACUAGUAGUCAGCUGGAACAUGCGAGAGUUACACAGACAGAAUUGAUGCGUGAGUCAUUUAGACAGAAACAAGAAGUGACAGAGUCCCUUAAGUGCCAAGAAGAACUGCGAGAGCGCCUUCAUGAGGAGUGCAGGGCCAGAGAACAGCUGACUGUGGAGCUCAGUAAGGCUGAGGGUGUCAUUGAUGGCUAUGCAGAUGAAAAAACACUUUUUGAAAGGCAAAUUCAGGAAAAAACUGAUAUAAUAGAUCGUCUUGAGCAGGAGUUGUUAUGUGCAGGUAAUAGAUUACAAGAAUUAGAAGCAGAGCAACAGCAGAUCCAAGAAGAAAGAGAAUUACUGUCGAGGCAGAAGGAAGCUAUGAAAGCUGAGGCAGGCCCAGUUGAACAGCAAUUACUACAGGAGACAGAAAAACUGAUGAAGGAAAAACUAGAGGUACAGUGUCAAGCUGAAAAAGUAUGUGAUGACCUUCAAAAACAAGUGAAAGCUCUAGAAAUAGAUGUCGAGGAACAAGUCAGUAGAUUUGUAGAGCUGGAACAGGAAAAAAAUGCUGAACUGAUGGAUUUAAGACAGCAAAACCAAGCACUGGAAAAGCAGUUAGAAAAAAUGAGAAAAUUUUUAGAUGAGCAAGCCAUUGAUAGAGAACACGAGAGAGAUGUAUUCCAACAGGAAAUACAGAAACUAGAACAGCAGCUUAAGGUCGUACCUCGAUUCCAGCCUAUCAGUGAACAUCAAACUAGAGAGGUUGAACAGUUAACAAAUCAUCUGAAAGAAAAAACAGACAAGUGCAGUGAGCUUUUGCUCUCUAAAGAGCAACUUCAGAGGGAUAUACAGGAGCGUAAUGAAGAAAUUGAGAAACUGGAGUUCAGAGUAAGGGAAUUGGAGCAAGCCUUACUCAUGAGUACGGACAGUUUUCAAAAGGUAGAGGACCAAAAACAGUUUGGAUCAGUAGAAGCUAAAACGGAAUUGUCUCUAGAAAUACAAUUGCAGGCUGAGCGAGACGCCAUAGACAGAAAGGAAAAAGAGAUCACAAACUUAGAAGAACAGUUGGAACAGUUCAGAGAAGAACUGGAAAAUAAGAAUGAAGAAGUCCAGCAACUACAUAUGCAAUUAGAGAUACAGAAAAAGGAAUCUACUACCCGCCUACAAGAACUUGAACAAGAAAACAAAUUAUUUAAGGAUGAAAUGGAGAAACUGGGAUUUGCCAUAAAGCAAGCUGAUCCUAUCUCUACCCAGGACCAACAUGUACUAUUUGGGAAAUUUGCUCAAAUAAUGCAGGAAAAAGAGGUAGAAAUUGACCAACUGAAUGAGCAAAUUACAAAACUUCAGCAUCAACUUAAAAUUACAACAGAUAACAAGGUUAUUGAAGAAAAAAAUGAACUAAUAAGGGAUCUUGAAACCCAGAUAGAAUGUUUGAUGAGUGAUCAAGAACGUGUGAAGAAAAAUAGCGAAGAAGAAAUUGAGCAGCUCAGUGAAGUGAUUGAAAAGCUUCAACAGGAAUUGGCAAAUAUUGAACAGAAGACAUCGGUGGUUACUAAUUCUCUCCCAGAAGAAGCAGAUAGUUUAAAACAUCAGUUGGAUAUGGUAAUAGCUGAAAAACUGGCUUUGGAACAGCAAGUAGAAACCACUAAUGAAGAAAUGGCCUUGACAAAAAGUGUACUUAAAGAAACCAAUUUAAAAAUGAACCAGCUAACACAAGAAUUACAUAGCUUAAAGAGAGAACGUGAAAAUAUGGAAAAAAUCCAUAGUAUACCAGAGAAAAGUGUUAACAUGGCUGUAGAUGAUCUGAGCAGAAACAAACCUGGACUAGAAGUAGUCCUUACUGAGGGUGCUCGUAAACCCCUAGAAAAUCCGACUUACCUCAGAUCUUCUGAAGAAAACAGCAAAGUUUCCAUAAGCAGUUUGCAAACACAGGUGCUACAACUUGAGAGCACUGUGAGUGCAAAGGACUUAGAACUUACCCAAUGUCAUAAACAAAUAAAGGACCUGCAGGAGCAAGGCCAGUCUGAAAAAGAAGCACUGAAAAAGAAGAUGGCAAACCUGCAAAAUAUACUUGAGGAAAAGGUGGCUGCUGCUCUUGUGAGUCAGGUCCAACUCGAAGCAGUUAAAGAAUAUGUAAAAUUCUGUCAAGAUAAACAAGCAGUUUCACCAGAUCCUGGAGGAACAAAUACACAGAAUAUAAACCAACUAACAGAAAAUGAGGUGGAGUCAAAUGUGUCAGCACUGACCUUGAGAAUAUCAGAAUUAGAAAGCCAGGUGGUUGAAAUGCAGGUAGAAACUGCAGAAAAAAAUGCUUUGGAAAAAGAAAAGAAGCUACUAGAACUACAGAAGCUAUUGGAGGACAAUGAGAAAAAACAGGGAAGCAAAGAAAGGAAAAGAAGCCCUCUAGGAGAUUUUGAAGUUCUCAAGACAACUACUGAGCUGAUUCAUACCAGUGAAGAAAAUGAAUUUUUUGGUCGAUUUGAGACUCUUAGAGCUGAGUCAGCAGCUACCAAAGAAGAACUUGCCAGUUAUAAAGAGAAGGCAGAAAAACUUCAAGAAGAGCUUUUGGUAAAAGAAACAAAUAUGGCAUUUCUCCAGAAAGAUUUAAGCCAAGUUAGGGAUCAACUCAAAAAGGCAGAAGAGAAAUUAUCCUACUUCUUAGAAAAAGAAGAUAAUACCGAGGUACAAGAAAACAGAAAGUUCUGCACGUUAGAGCCACUUCCUAUAGAAGUGGGUAAAAGCUCUGCAUCACAGACAGAUGGUACUCUCAAGAUCAACAGCAGCAACCAGACUCCACAAAUUCUUGUUAGAAAUGCAGGAAUCCAAAUUGAUUUACGGAAUGAAUGUUCAUCAGAGGAAGUCACUGAAGUAAUUAAUCAGUUUACUGAAAAAAUUGAGCAGAUGCAAGAACUACAUGCUGCUGAGAUUCUGGAUAUGGAAUCCAGACAUAUUUCAGAAACUGAAACCUUAAAGAGAGAUCACUAUGUUGCUGUUCAGUUACUGACAGAGGAAUGUGGUACCUUGAAGUCAGUGAUACAGUGUCUGAGAUCUAAAGAGGGCUCCUCAGUUCCUGAAUUAACACAUUCCGAUGCUUACCAAACUAGAGAAAUAUGUUCCAGUGAUUCUGGAUCAGACUGGGGUCAGGGAAUUUAUCUUACACAAAGUCAGGGAUUUGACACAGCAUCAGAAGGCCGAGGCGAAGAAGGUGAAAGUUCAACAGAUUCAUUUCCAAAGAAAAUAAAGGGAUUACUGAGAGCUGUCCAUAAUGAAGGCAUGCAGGUGCUCUCUCUUACUGAGUCUCCCUAUAGUGACGGAGAAGACCAUUCUGUUCAGCAAGCUUCAGAAUCCUGGCUAGAAGAGAGAAGAGCUUACCUCCUUACAAUCUCAUCUCUUAAGGAUUUGAUUACCAAAAUGCAAAUGCAAAGGGAAGCCAAGGUUUAUGAUAGUUCUCAGUCUCAUGAGAGCUCCUCUGACUGGCGAGGUGAACUUCUGCUUGCUCUUCAGCAGGUUUUCUUAAAGGAGCAUGGUGUUUUACUAGCUGCAUUUCAGACUGAGCUGACAGCUCUAGGUACUAGAGAUGCAGUUGAAUUAUUAAACUGUUUGGAACAGAGAAUACAAGAACAGGGUAUUGAAUAUCGAGCAGCCAUGGAAUGCCUCCAGAAAGCAGAUAGAAGGAGUUUGUUAGCUGAAAUUCAAGCACUGCAUGCUCAGAUGAAUGGUAAGAAAAUGACUCUGAAAAGAGAACAAGAGAAUGAUCAACCAAGCCAAGAACUCUUGGAAUACAAUAUGCAGCAGAAGCAGUCUCAAAUGCUGGAGAUGCAAGUGGAGCUCAGCAGUGUGAAAGACAGAGCAACAGAACUGCAGGAACAGCUGAGUUCUGAGAAAAUGGUGGUUGCUGAACUGAAAAGUGAACUUGCACAAGCUAAACUGGAACUAGAAACAACACUCAAGGCACAGCAUAAGCACCUAAAGGAAUUAGAGGCAUUCAGGUUGGAAGUUAAAGAUAAAACGGAUGAAGUACAUUUGCUUAAUGACACAUUAGCAAGUGAACAGAAAAAGUCCAGAGAGCUCCAGUGGGCUUUGGAGAAAGAGAAAGCCAAGCUGGGACGCAGUGAAGAGCGGGAUAAAGAAGAACUUGAGGAUCUGAAAUUCUCACUUGAGGGUCAGAAACAAAGGAAUAUUCAGCUAAAUCAACUUUUGGAACAACAGAAACAACAACUAAAUGAAUCACAGCAGAAAAUAGAAUCACAAAGAGUGCUACAUGAUGCCCAGUUAUCCGAAGAACGAGGUCGAAACUUGGAGCUUCAAGUACUUCUUGAAUCUGAGAAAGUUCGAAUUCGGGAAAUGAGUAUUACCCUGGAUAGGGAGCGGGAAUUACAUGCACAACUACAGAGCAGUGAUGAUAGUGGGCAGUCUCGGCCAUCCUUACCCUCUGAGGACCUCCUUAAAGAGCUUCAGAAACAGCUAGAGGAGAAACACAGUCGCAUAGUUGAAUUGUUAAAUGAGACUGAGAAAUAUAAACUGGAUUCUUUGCAAACAAGACAACAAAUGGAAAAGGAUAGGCAGGUUCACAGGAAGACACUGCAGACAGAACAAGAGGCCAACACUGAGGGACAGAAAAAAAUGUAUGAGCUUCAGUCCAAAGUGGAAGAUCUUCAGCGCCAACUGGAAGAGAAAAGGCAACAGGUUUAUAAGUUAGAUCUUGAAGGAAAACGACUGCAAGGAAUUAUGCAGGAAUUCCAAAAGCAGGAACUAGAACGAGAAGAAAAACGAGAAAGUAGAAGAAUUCUGUAUCAGAAUCUUAAUGAGCCAACCACUUGGAGUUUAACCAAUGAUCGAACCAGAAAUUGGGUUCUUCAACAGAAAAUAGGAGAGACAAAGGAAUCAAGCUAUCCUAAAAUGAUUGAAAUGAAUGGAGGAGGAGCUGGCUAUAACCAUGAAUUAGAAAUGAUCAGACAAAAACUUCAACGUGUGGCUUCAAAACUACAGCAUCUAGCCCAGAAAGCCUCCAAUAGACUACAGUUUGAAACAGCAGAUGAUGAAGAUUUUGUUUGGGUUCAGGAAAAUAUUGAUGGAAUUGUUUUACAACUACAAAAAUUAACUGGCCAGCCAGGCGAAGAGCCUACCUUAAGGUCCCCAAGUACUUCUUGUGGCUCAUUAACUGAAAGACUACUAAGACAAAAUACUGAGCUGACAGGACAUAUCAGCCAACUGACUGAAGAAAAGAAUGAUUUAAGAAGCAUGGUUAUGAAGCUGGAGGAGCAGAUCAGGUGUUAUCGACAGACAGGAGCUGGCAGAGAUUAUUCUUCUAGGUUUUCAUUCAGUGGUGGCCCCAACAUUGAAGCCAUCAUUGCUUCAGAAAAAGAAGUCUGGAACAGAGAAAAGUUGACUCUCCAAAAAUCCUUGAAACGGGCAGAAGCUGAGGUAUACAAACUAAAAGCUGAACUAAGAAAUGAAGCUUUACUUCAAAAUCUGAGCCCUGAUUCUGAGCACGCCACUGUAAAGAGAAUUUAUGGCAAAUACCUGAGGGCAGAAAGUUUUCGGAAAGCUCUCAUUUAUCAAAAGAAAUACCUGCUUCUGUUACUGGGUGGGUUCCAAGAAUGUGAGGAUGCCACCCUGGCUCUGCUUGCCCGAAUGGGGGGACAUCCGGCCUUCACAGAUUUAGAGGUGAUCACCAACCGUCCAAAGGGCUUCACCAGGUUUCGGUCAGCUGUCAGAGUGUCCAUGGCAAUUUCGAGAAUGAAAUUUUUGGUUCGACGGUGGCAUCGAGUCACAGGUUCUGGUUCCAUCAAUAUUAACAGGGAUGGCUUUGGAUUGAAUCCAGGUACAUUUUGGAUUACUUUAGGUGCCGAAAAGACUGACCCAUUUUAUCAUUCUUCUGGUGGGCUGGAGCUAUAUGGAGAACCAAGACAUAGUGCGUAUCGCUCAAGAUCAGAUCUGGACUAUCCAAGGUCUCCUUUACCAUUUCAAAAUAGGUACCCAGGUCCUCCAGCUGAUUUAAAUCCUGGUUCCUUAGCAUGUUCUCAGCUUCAGAAUUAUGAUCCUGACAGAGCCCUGACAGAUUAUAUCACUCGGCUAGAGGCACUGCAGAGACGACUUGGAACUGUACAGUCAGGUUCAACUCAGUUUCAUGCUGGCAUGAGAAGAUAAUCCUUUGAAACAUCAUGAAUCGAAGUGAUUUUAAACAAAUUCCCUUUUGUAAAUCAGUGGUUCUUUUGUGCUUUUGUAUUGUGGAUAUUCAAUGGGACCAAUCUGAACACAGCUUAUGAUUGUAUACAAAUCCCUUGCCAGCACAUGAAAACAAACUGGAAUUUGUACAUAUAAGCAUUGUGUAUGUAUUCAUGCACAAUAAUCAUGAAAUUACAUGUAUAUUUGUGGAAUGCUAAUUUAAAUGAUUUAAAUUAUAAACCUUGUGUAUUUAUCAAAUGGGUGAAAAGAUUAAACUUUUGGCAUUAUAUUACUGUUGAAUGUGUAGCUUGAGGUGUCCUGCACUUUUCUUAUAAGGCUACUGAAGUUAUAUGUUUCUGCCUAAUAUAUUUGCUACUGGUGAUGAAGACAGAUAAUAUCACUUGUAGAGACUUAUUUUUGUAUAAUGGUAGAAGUUUGGAAUUUUAUGGGAUAUUUUGUCAAGUACUGAAAUAAAAAUGACU